UAAAAUACACGUGCUAAUAUGGUAGCUCUUUUCAAACCUCUUGGCGUUCAGAUAUAGUGAGUCAGUUGUCCAUCGUUACCUUUUGAGGAUAAACUCAUCAUAAUGUCUGAGGGAAUUGAUGCUCUUUCUCUUAAACAAGAAGAUGUUGUCAAAUUUUUAGCUGCUGGUGUGCACUUAGGUUCCACUAAUGUAGCUUCAUCAUGCCAAGGCUACGUUUUCAAAAGAAAAAGUGAUGGAAUUCACAUUAUUAACUUGAGGAAAACUUGGGAAAAGCUUAUUCUAGCUGCACGAAUUAUUGCAAGUAUAGAACAUCCUGGGGAUGUCUGUGUUAUAUCAUCUCGUCCGUAUGGAACACGUGCUGUUUUAAAAUUUGCACAAAACACAGGCGCUAUUGCAGUAGCUGGUCGAUUUACUCCAGGAACAUUCACAAAUCAAAUCCAAAAAGCAUUUCGUGAACCUCGUUUAUUAAUUUCUACUGAUCCUCAGCACGAUAAUCAAGCUUUAACUGAAGCUUCUUAUGUAAACAUUCCUAUUAUUGCUUUGUGCAACACUGAUUCACCCUUAAGGUUUGUUGAUUGUGCCAUCCCUUGUAAUAAUAGAGGUAUUCAAUCUAUCGGUACAAUGUGGUGGAUGUUAGCAAGAGAAGUUUUGCGACUUCGUGGGGUGAUCAGUCGUAAAGCAGAAUGGGAUACUAUGCCUGAUUUAUUCUUUUAUCGUGACCCUGAAGACAUAGAAAAGGAAGAACAAGCUGCAGCAAUCGCCUCUGCUAAGCCUGAUGAACCAUACCAGACUGAUUAUUCUGGAAAUAUUGAUCACUCUGCUGCUGGUGCUGAUUGGGGUGACCAACCAGUUAUUUCUGGUGCUGAUUGGACAGCUGAGCCAAGUGUACCAAAAGAAUGGGGUAAUGAGCCUGGAUGGGAAGCUGAUACAAAUGCUGCUUCUGCUGAUUGGGCAACUCCUAAAAUAGAAGAUUGGGGUGCUUAGUUAAUCUGUUUAAAAAAAAAAUCUAAUUCA